GUUGAUUUUCUGGAAAAAUGGUCGCUGGCGGCAACCGUCCGAAGGUCGCCGUCGGACGAUGCCUCACCGUCUGUUUUCCUUCUUCGUAACCUACCUCGCCGUCGCGGUCGCCGGUUCUGGACUGAGCCUCACCUUCCAAUCGCCGGCAGAUAAAAGAAUCCGAUCGGUUUUUUGUGAAAGAAAACAGUCGGUGAUGACCCAGACAACGACAAGGCGACGGGAACCUGUUGGCGGCCGGCGAUUUCAGUUUUGGCGCCAGCAGCUAGAACCUCCGGCAAUUUUAAAAUGAAAAAGGGGCAAAUCCGUCAUAUCUUUUGGUAAUUACGGACGGCAAAUAGUAAACAUACGGACGGUAAAUAGCGAUUCAUCUGCAAAACUUGCAAUAUAGAUUGAUUUGACAGCCUUCCUCAACACUAAUAAUCCAUAAACUUGCAUUAGGAAGGACUGUUUUCUGCUGGGCCUUCCAUUGUGGCGGCCCAUGUUUUUCAUUACCAGAUCUGCUCAUGGAACAUCUUCUCCAUUCUUCUCCCUCCCUCCAGGGUGGCUCCAGCGCUUUCCAGUUCUCCAACUGACACGUUGCAUAGCAGCAAGACACCACCUGCACCUACGUGUCCCUUCCCGAAUCAUCUCUUCCCUUCUUCUUCUCCUUCUCCUUCUCAUCCCGUCGCCCUGUUUUUCAGGCUCUCGGAAAGGACGAAGAAAACAAACCUCCUUCUUAUUAACACUUUUACAAAAGAUUUUACGCAGCAAAGCAGCCAAAUGCAGCAAUCCCGAUUCCUCGUCGUGGGUCGCCGACUAUUGCUCAGAGCUCCUCCGUCUUCCCCUGCGAGAGGAUUUUCCUCCGGUGGCCGCACCGCCGACCCAGAUGUUUUCUCAAAACAGAGGGACCGCGAGGUUCAGCCCGCAGUUCCCUCCGGACAGCCGGAGGAAACGAGAGACCACGUGGAACCCGACAACGCGAAAAGGGAGGAGAAGGAGCCGGAGCACCGGCCCACGUCGGAGACCGACCCGCUGUCCCCGCCGAGGCCACCUCACGCAUCCUACUCCAGGCUGGAAAGCGUUGGGGUCCACAACCCGGCAGAACCACACGCCCAGCAAAAGCGGAGCAAGUACAGGUACAUGUCAUCAUCAGCCGCCACCUCAGCAGCGGAUCGAAGCCUGCUGGACGGCGUGACCUGCACCGGGAUAUCGCCCUGGCCGGAUGAGGAGGAGGAGAAGGGGAAAGGUCAGAGCAAGGCGGAGGCGGCAGAAGACGACAGGGAGUACUUUGAGCACCACAAGGCUUCCCCUCUCUCGGAGAUCGAGUUCGCCGACACGCGGAAGCCGAUCACGAGGGAGACCGACGACACCGCGGACGCGGAGAGCCGCGGUGCCGACGUGGUUGGGUGGGGCCCGGAGCAGAGCGAGACGGCGGAGGAGACGAUGAUGAGGGCGAGUUGGAAUUGGCGGGAGAGGGCGGCGAGUGGGGAUCCGGAUACCCCGCAAGGCCGCGUCUUGAGAGCUCUCCGUCGAGAGUGGUUUUGAUCUUCUGUAAUGUAACACAUCUGAUUUCUGGCCGUCUCUUUAAGCUGCUUUAUAAUGUUUUGACAGCCCGAUUCUGUUGUUAUGUGUGGUCACUGGUUCAGCUGUAUAUAAUCUUUCCCAUGGGAAACAAAAUGGUCUGCCCUUUCUGUACUUGAUCAAAAUUCAAUAGGGUCUGCCACAGCCGAACAAUCACCAUGCCAGCAGCAAGCAGUUGGGCGAUCGUUUUCCAGGUUGGUGAAUCGAAGACAGGAAGAAGCUGUUCCGAGAACCAAUUUAUCUAACAGAUAAUUUCUUGACACUGGAAGACGACUGCCACAGCACAAAGUUUUUCCAGGUUCAACAAAUAUCGCUGUGAAAGUAGUUUUGAGAACCCACUAAAAUGGUUUACUACAACAGAAAGAUGAUUAUCUGUGUAUGUAUAUUACAUACACGACGAGGAGAAUGUACAGGCAACGAGGAAAUUGGCAGAACCAGGAAAUUUUAAUUCGAGUGGUAAAAUAACAGAGGAUACUAAGUACUUGAUCUACCCCACCAACAUGAUUCUAUACCAAGUGUUUCUCCCAAACCUAAUCACCAUUACAGCCACUUCCCAUUCUGGUAGUGAUCUUUCUUUCUGUCUAUUUUUUAUCCAAAUAUUUUUCAGAUUUUUUUAUAUUAUCAAAACUUAUUAAAAUUUUAUGAAUUAG